UCGUUCUUUUGUUAAAAUUUUAGGAUUUAUUUUAUGAAAAAAUGGCGCCAAGACAUAAGAAAAAGAAUUCUCUAAAUGAUCGUUUAGAGCUCGUCCGAAAACACAACACAUCUGCUGCGGAAGUUAUUCUUCAAAGCAGUUCACAGAGUAAAAUUGAAAAUACACCGCUUCGGAAGGACAAUGUUUCCCAAAAACAAACGCCAGAGUUGGAGCAGCUAAUUCCAGAUGGCUGUGUUUGCCAUCGUGAGGCUAAAACUUUUGUUUGCAUUUUUUGCAAAAUGUUUAGUUUUGGACGCAUUGCCGAAAUGUGUAGCAUUCAUCCAAAUGUUUCAUAUCUAAUGGAUUUCACCUGCUGCCCUUAUUGUUCUGGCCCUUCGGAACAUCUUCACAUGGUUAAUAUGGAAUAUGAACGUUAUUUCAAGACUUGAGGACCCUGAAACUUGAUUCGGAUUGGUGGAUGUAUUCAAAAUGCUUUUCUUAGUCAACCUUCAAUACUCGUAUAGUUGAACUAUAUUUCUUUUAGUAUAUAAUCAUAUUAUUGAAACACAAUGGAUUUUAAGUUGUUUUAAGUUAAUUAAAUGAAGUACUAAGAAUGGAUGAACAA